AUGGCUGAACGAGUUUGGUUUGCUAUGCAUUCCAGUCCCGAUUUUGACACGGUAGCGAUGGCAGAUCCCGCAGCAGGCACACCAUCAUCAGACAACGGCGCUGCCAUCGUCUCGGCGCAGCUCACUGCUUUGCUACUGACGGACGAAGACGACAAGGAUGACUUUACGCAUUCCAGUAGUCCGUCUCCGUUGCCUUCUGUUACGAGAACGUCCUCGCAGGUUGAAGAGAACAAAUCACCACCAAAUCGUCGCCCGCUAUUGUUCAGCUCGAUGCGUGAAGCGCUUGCGAGCUCUGGUCAACUGAAAGAAGAGCCUGGAGGAUAUGUGAUCAAGCAUCACAGUGGCUGCAGUAAGCAGCAGCAAUCCCGCUCUGCAGAACGGCCGAAGCACCGACACACAAAGCAGCGGUCGCACAGCAAGAGCGACGUGAGUUUCAGCAGCUCAGCGAAUGCAGGCGACGACGAGGCAGAUGCGGCCGGGUACACCGUCACGCGGCGACGUUCGUCCUGUGACCAUAGCCAGAGUAUUCCUGCAGCGCCAAAGCGGUCGAACCAGCGAUCUGCCGUCCCCGCUCGAGGCAAGAAGAAGACUGCGCAACAAGGACGUCCUCGGCGCGGCAGCAUGUCAGUGCUGUCACCGAGCAGUCUGCUGGCUCCUCCGGCGCCGCUCCCCUCUUCCAGCGUUCCCCCUGGCUUCCAGCCUCGUCCAGUUGCGCACGUCUUGCCGCCACCGCCUGGUCUAACCCCCGCUGCGUCUGGGUGGGUAGUGAAAGCUGCAGCCCCGGCUGAACACGCAAGCAAGAUCGAGGAGCCACCGGUCGAGGCUCUCUGGCCCGAGAUGAAGACGACGACGACGACGAUGGACAGCGGCUGGCCAGUCGCGACAGCAGCGCCGUCGUCGUCGCUGGCGAGCAGUUUACAGACACAGACGUGGGCCAGUGCUGCGCACUCGAGCGUGGAAGACGUGAACGAGGCCAACGAAGACGACGAUCUGCUGACGCGACUCGGCGUGACGCUCUGA